GCCUCGCCCGCCGCCGCGGCUGGGCUGACGUGUCUGCUGUUCGGCGGCGUCUCGGCGAGAACGGCAGAGAUGGCGGACGCCUGGGAAGAGAUCAGGCGGUUGGCGGCUGACUUCCAGCGCGCGCAGUUUGCCGAGGCCACACAGAGAUUGUCAGAACGGAACUGCAUUGAGAUUGUGAAUAAACUGAUUGCUCAGAAACAACUAGACGUAGUUCACACACUCGAUGGGAAGGAAUAUAUUACUCCAGCCCAAAUCAGUAAGGAAAUGAGAGAUGAGCUACAUGUUCGAGGUGGUCGAGUAAACAUUGUUGAUCUACAACAGGUAAUUAAUGUGGACCUGACUCAUAUUGAAAAUAGGAUUAGUGACAUUAUCAAAUCAGAAAAGCAUGUUCAGCUAGUAUUGGGACAACUGAUAGAUGAGAACUAUUUGGAUCGAUUAGCAGAGGAAGUAAAUGAUAAGUUGCAAGAAAGUGGUCAGGUGACCAUAUCAGAAUUGUGUAAGACCUAUGAUCUACCUGGAAACUUUCUGACACAGGCACUCACUCAGCGAUUUGGUAGAAUUAUCAAUGGACAUAUUGAUCUUGAUAACAGAGGAGUAAUUUUUACUGAAGCUUUUGUAGCUCGACAUAAAGCACGUAUCCGUGGACUCUUCAGUGCUGUUACUCGGCCCACAGCAGUGAAUUCUUUGAUUUCAAAAUAUGGAUUUCAGGAGCAACUUCUUUACUCUGUGCUUGAGGAACUUGUUAAUAGUGGACGCUUACGAGGCACUGUGGUUGGUGGGAGACAGGAUAAAGCUGUGUUUGUCCCUGACAUCUACUCCAAGACACAGAGUACUUGGGUGGAUUCCUUUUUCAGGCAGAAUGGCUAUCUAGAAUUUGAUGCCUUGUCGAGACUUGGAAUCCCAGAUGCUGUUAACUACAUAAAGAAAAGAUAUAAGACUGCACAACUUUUAUUUUUGAAAGCAGCUUGUGUUGGUCAAGGACUUGUGGAUCAGGUGGAAGCAUCAGUAGAGGAAGCAAUCAGCUCUGGAACCUGGGUUGAUAUUGCACCUCUGCUACCCAGUUCUUUAUCAGUUGAGGAUGCUGCCAUGUUGCUUCAACAGGUGAUGCGAGCAUUCAGCAAACAGGCUUCAGCUGUAGUCUUUAGCGACACUGUUGUGGUUAGUGAAAAAUUUAUAAAUGACUGUGCAGAACUGUUCAGUGAACUGAUGCACCAAAAAGCUGAAAAGGAAAUGAAAAAUAAUCCUGUACAUUUAAUCACUGAAGAAGAUCUGAAACAAGUCUCCAUGUUAGAAAGUGUUAAUACAAGUAAAAAGGAUAAAAAAGAUGAGCGAAGGAGGAAAGCAACAGAGGGCAGCGGAAGCGUGAGAGGAGGAGGUGGGGGCAAUGCCAGAGAAUACAAAAUUAAGAAAAUCAAGAAGAAAGGAAGAAAAGAUGAUGAUAGUGAUGAUGAAUCUCAGUUGUCUCACACUGCAAAGAAAAAGCCAGAGAUGACUUUUAUGCUGCAAGAUGAGAUUGAAGACAUUUUAAGAAAACAUGUACAAGAUGCUCCUGAGGAGUUUAUUUCUGAACUUUCUGAAUACUUAAUAAGACCUCUUAAUAAAACUUAUCUUGAAGUGGUACGUUCAGUAUUCAUGUCUUCAACUUCUGCUUCUGGAACGGGCAGGAAACGCACCAUCAAGGAUUUGCAAGAAGAGGUUUCAAACUUAUACAAUAAUAUUAGAUUGUUUGAAAAAGGGAUGAAAUUUUUUGCAGAUGAUACUCAGACUGCUCUUACCAAGCAUUUGCUGAAGACAGUGUGUACUGACAUCACUAACCUCAUUUUCAACUUCUUAGCUUCGGAUUUAAUGAUGGCAGUAGAUGACCCUGCAACCAUUACAAGUGAAGUAAGAAAAAAGAUUUUAAGUAAAUUGUCAGAAGAAACCAAAGUAGCUCUAACAAAACUCCAUAACUCUCUGAAUGAAAAGAGUAUAGAAGACUUUCUUUCCUGUCUGGAUUCGGCAGCAGAAACUUGUGAUAUUAUGGUGAAAAAGGGAGACAAAAAAAGGGAAAGGCAGAUACUAUUCCAGCAUCGACAAGCACUGGCUGAACAGCUAAAAGUCACAGAAGACCCUGCUCUUAUUCUGCACCUCACAUCAGUCCUGUUGUUUCAGUUCACAACCCACAGCAUGCUCCAUGCACCCGGAAGAUGUGUCCCACAGAUCAUUGCUUUUCUUAAUAAUAAAAUUGCAGAGGAUCAGCAUACUCUUUUGGUACAAUAUCAGGGCUUGGUUGUAAAGCAGUUAGUUAAUCAGAAUAAGAAGACUGGGCAAGUAGAUGAUUCUUUGAAUGAGGAACUGGACAAAGAACAACAAGAUGUCAUCAAUACUACUCGUAAAGAGCUUCAGGAACUUUCUUCAUCCAUUAAAGACCUGGUUCUCAAAUCCAGGAAGUCAUCUGUGACAGAAGAGUAAUGUUCUUAAUUCAUUUCUGUUAUGUAAUAAGCACUUCUCCCCAGAGUUGAAGGUGAGUGGUCACAAAUUGUCACUUAGCAACUCCCCACUGCCCCUUAACAACACCAACCCAACACACAAUGCAGUUAAAAGGUGUUAUAUUAAAUGGAAAUUUUCUAAAGAUGUAAAUUUUCAUAAAUUGGGGUCGUCUUAAAAGUUUUUCUUUUCACAUGAAUUCUAUGUGAAAUUUUUUCACAUAAAAAUUAUUUUCACACAGUUCUAAAAAUUAUACACUUUAGGUUUAUUUUCUUUCCAGAUGGUAAAUCAGGAAUAAAUUUUUUGGUAUCUUUCAUGUCUAGGAAAGGACUGAUUUGUUUGCUAUAGAUUUCAAGUGGCAUUACUAUAUUUGUAACAUUUAAGUAGAACCUUAAAAUGUGGUCAUGAUUUUUUUUUUAAAAGUAAGUUUGGAGUCAGAAACAAAAAUAUAUUUCUUUAGUUAAUGAAGAAUAAUUCAAAAUUAAAUACAGAAAUAUGCAAAAUAUAUAUUUUUUUAUUACUAAGCCCUUGCUCUUGUUUCUGGCAGGUAGAGGGCCUCUCAUGUCCCCCACCGGAGUGAACUUUUAUAAGUUUGGGGCUUCAGAUAUGCCCUUAUGGGGCUGAAGAAUAUGAGAGGGGCCCAUAUAUUUCUAUGUUGUGUUAUAAACGAGCUGCUAAUAAAAGUGAGAGACAACAUGCAAUUUACUACUGAUAGGUAUAUGUUACAUUUAACAGUAGAAUAACAAAUUUUAAUGCACAGGUUUUUCUUUGGCCCCAUAUACAUUGUUAAAUUUCAUUCUGUAUUUUAAUAGCUUCCCUAGCACCAAGUAUUUUGUAAAUGACAUUAUGAUGGGUAGUUAGGCUACUUUUUCCAAUGGUAAGGGGAUCUAAAAGUGCAUUCAAGUUAUUAAAAUUUUUCCCAAAAUUAGAAACUCUUUUUUAAAAAAUAGUAUUACUUUCUAAAGCUUAUUAGUUAAAAGUAGAAUAGUUCCUUAGAGUAAUCAUUUGAACUAAAUGAAUUUAAGCAAAAAUGUAUUAUUUAUCAAAAAAGAAUUCACCUAUUUUGAAUAUAAUAGUAAAUCUCAAAUAUCAGAAAAAAUAUUAUUUUAUAUAAUUUCUUACAUGGCAUUUAUAUUUUAAAAUGUUUGAAUACAAAGAUCAGUCUACCUCUGUUCCAUUGUAGACAAAUAUUAAUCCUGAGUGAAAGUGAAGAAUUGUUAACUAAGCAUUAUUAUUAAAGUUGAUAGAAAUUUAACAUUAAAACGGUUUUCCCAUGAAUAGUUUUCUAUUAUAUAUUUUCAUAUGAGUAAAGGAAGAAAAAUGACAAGUCCUCUGUAACCACGUACUCCAAUUUAGAUUGGUUUGUUGUGUAGCUUCCAAAAUACUGAGCACUCAACUUAUUUUUUAAUUUACCCUUUGCUUAAGAACCUUAUCAUUUAUUUAUAUUUUAGCAAAUACCAAAGUAAUUCAUGUUGUGUCAACCUAGAUCAUAAAAAAUAAAUAGAAGAGAUGAUGAAGCAAAUUAAAAGAAAACUGUUAUGUGUUACUUUGUAUGCAUUCAAUUUUUUCCAUUUGUUGGAAUGGUUCUUGUUUUUCCACAGUAAAUAAAAAAGUUUUUAUUGUUUUGUAAAUAAAAUUACAUAGUUGAAUUUGUAUGUAGAGAGCUGAUUUCAUUAAUAAAAUAAAAAUUGUAGCGUGCUCAUUGUGAUAUUAAUGAG